UCACUGCCGUUUCGCUCACUACAAGCUCCGCUCCUCCACGUCCCGUGCAAAAAUUUCUCCCCUUUGUAUUACAAUGAGAGGCGCCGCGCUACAGGGUCCCGGCCUCGCCCGAGCGCCGCCGGCCGCCGUCCCGCUGCACCCGCGGCCGCGGCGCGCCGGCUUUGGCGGCCACCACCACCACCGGGGCGCACCGCUGAGGAGCGACCUGCUGCUGCUUCUGCAGCAGCCCACCGCCGUCCCCCUACGAGCUCGCUCCCCGCCCUCCUCUUCCGCCUCGUCUAACGUGAACCCCGACACGGGGGAAGGCGCCGACGAGCUGCUCGACGAUCUGCUCCAGGAGCACGGCGAAGUCGUGUACAGCGCCGGCGGGGCCGGGUCUCUGGCAAGUGAGGCCGACGAGGACGCCGAGUGCCUGUCAUUGGCUGUUUCUCUGGCUAAAGUUGCGAGCGAGGUGAAGGCGGCCGAUAUCCGUGUACUGUUCGUGAAGCCGAUUGUCUACUGGACUGAGUUCUUCAUCAUUCUCACCGCGUUCUCGAAUGCACAGAUCGAGGCCAUCAGUUCCAAAAUGAGGGACAUCGGCGAGCAGCAGUUUAGCCGCGUUGCGUCUGGUGAUACGAAACCGAAUUCAUGGACCUUACUGGACUUUGGUGACGUUGUCGUCCAUAUAUUUCUUCCACCGCAGCGGGAAUUCUACAACCUGGAAGAGUUCUAUGGCAAUGCCACUACCAUCGAACUCCCUUUUGAGACCCAGUUGCAGUAACCGCCGUUUGCAUCUGCUCCCCGAGACAUAAGAGUCACUCCAAAGUGACAUAUUCCCUCGAAGCCCCGAGCAACAUUCUACCAUUUAGUCUUCACGCCUUGCCGUAAUGCUCAGAUGGAGAACUGCCCACAGACACCUACCAUGGUCACAACUCAGGCAGUGAUAUCGGGUCGCUGCUCUUCUGAAGUGUUGAGAAAUCGGCGCCAUGGUGUAAACAUUCUCCUUAUCUGUUGUGAAACUAUGUGUAUCAUUGUAUGAACUACUGUCAGAUAAUGUUGGUAGCAAAGAGAAUAGAACCCAGAAGAUUGUUAGGUUCCACUCUGCAUUAUACAGAAAUCCCUUUGUACUUUGCUUGGCUUAGCACAUGAUCUUCAGUUGACUUAUACACUGCUAGAAAUUUUCUACA